AUGAGGUCAGUUCAUGUACCUAAAGGAAAGAAUAUAGGGCUGCAGUGGCCCAUUGAAUCCUUUGUCCUCCUUGCCCUCGUCGACAUCACAUUCCGGUUCCUGCUUGCAUUUACUUUUGGCAAUGUGGUUGCAAUGUAUGUGGCUCAGAACUAUGACAUACCAAAUCUAGCUAAAACAGUUGAAGAAAUUAAAAAGGAAUCAGAUGCCAAGAAGAUACCCCCUAGUUCAUGAGGUCGACUCCAGCACUGCCUUCUGGAUACACUGAUUCCACUGCUCUUCAGGUCUUCUUUACUGUCUGAACCAAAAGCUUUUGCUUUGUCUUCAGCCUAAUGAUUUUUCUUCUUUGCUAGACCCUGCAUUGCCUUAGAACAAAAAUGGAGCUAAGAACUAUCCUUCCUUUCCAACAUCUUUGCCUCUUCCCAUCCUCCUUUCAGCUGCUUGGGAGGUUCUAAGACUGGAAUUAUGGUGCUAGAUUAGUAAACAUGACCUUUAAUUAGUAGACUCUCCCUUACUCUUCAGGAUUUCUACUAUAGGUUGAA